CGGGCCCGCCCCGCGCCGCCCUCCCGCCCUCUCGGGAGCCGCUGUCCCGGGCCUGGCCCGUGCGCGUCCGCCUGCUGCACCGGGGCGCCAGGAGCCGCAAAGGUACAGGACCGGGCGUGGGUGCUGACCUCGGCCUGGGAGUCUUAGGGUCCCGGAGACCUCGGUGUCCGCUGGGGCCUGCAGGUCGCACGCUGGAGCCCUAGCUGCUGGCGCUCACCGCUGGUCCGCGGGGCGAGGUCAGGUGCCCCCCUUCUCUCUUCCCUUCUUUCCCUCCCCCACCUCGGUACGGGCGGGAGAUCCUGCCCGCCUCCUCCCGCAGGGGUGCAGCAGGCUGCGGAGCUGACAGCGGCCCCACAACCACCCUGCCCAAACUCUCCGGAAGCAGCUAGAGCUCAGGCCGUCGAAGCCCCGGCGGACCUACUGUUGGACCGGAGGGUCCGGUCCUUCUGCGCCCAAACUUGGAGCACUUGACCUUCGGUUGUCGGAGGAGGCAAGCCCGCAGGUGGCUGGACAGCUGCGGAGCCGCGAGGGCAUCUUGCCUGGGAAUCAUCGGCUGCAUUCCCUGACUCUGGGAUUUGCUUCUGGGAUCCAAAGGUGUCCACAUCAAGCGCAUGUUGACUGAGACCUACAGUCAUGGAUGUGUGCUCUCGUCUUGCCCUGUGGCUUCUUUGGGGGCUCCUCCUGCAUCAGGGCCAGAGCCUCAGCCAUAGUCACAGCGAAAAGAAUACAGGAGCCGGCUCCGGGACGACUUCAGAGGAGUCCACUGAAGCAGAGUUUUGCCGGAUUGACAAGCCUCUGUGCCACAGUGAGGAUGAGAAGCUCAGCUUUGAGGCUGUCCGCAACAUCCAUAAACUGAUGGAUGAUGAUGCCAAUGGCGAUGUGGAUGUAGAAGAAAGUGAUGAGUUCCUGAGGGAAGACCUCAAUUAUCAUGACCCAACAGUGAAGCACAGCACCUUCCACGGUGAGGAUAAACUUAUCAGCGUAGAGGACCUGUGGAAGGCAUGGAAGUCAUCAGAAGUGUACAACUGGACCGUGGAUGAGGUGAUACAGUGGCUGAUUACAUAUGUGGAGCUGCCUCAGUAUGAGGAGACCUUCCGGAAGUUGCAGCUUACUGGCCAUGCCAUGCCAAGGCUAGCUGUAACCAAUACCACCAUGACAGGGACUGUACUGAAGAUGACAGAUCGGAGCCACAGGCAGAAGCUACAGCUGAAGGCCCUGGACACAGUGCUCUUUGGGCCUCCCCUCCUGACUCGACAUAAUCACCUCAAGGACUUCAUGCUGGUGGUGUCUAUCGUUAUUGGUGUGGGUGGCUGCUGGUUUGCCUAUAUUCAGAACCGUUACUCCAAGGAGCACAUGAAGAAGAUGAUGAAGGACCUGGAAGGGUUACACCGAGCUGAGCAGAGUCUGCAUGACCUGCAGGAAAGGCUCCACAAAGCUCAGGAAGAGCACCGCACAGUGGAAGUAGAGAAGGUCCAUCUGGAGAAGAAGCUUCGUGAUGAGAUCAACCUUGCCAAGCAGGAAGCUCAGCGGCUGAAGGAGCUGAGGGAGGGUACUGAGAAUGAGAGGAGCCGCCAAAAGUAUGCUGAGGAAGAGCUGGAGCAGGUUCGGGAGGCCUUGAGGAAAGCAGAGAAGGAGCUGGAAUCACACAGCUCCUGGUAUGCCCCUGAGGCCCUUCAGAAGUGGUUGCAGCUGACACAUGAGGUGGAGGUGCAGUACUACAACAUCAAGAAGCAGAAUGCUGAGAAGCAGCUGCUGGUGGCCAAGGAGGGGGCUGAGAAAAUAAAAAAGAAGAGAAACACGCUGUUUGGUACCUUUCAUGUGGCCCACAGCUCCUCCCUGGAUGAUGUGGAUCAUAAGAUCUUAACUGCCAAGCAAGCACUGAGCGAGGUGACGGCAGCUCUGAGGGAGCGUCUGCACCGGUGGCAGCAGAUUGAGGUCCUCUGUGGCUUCCAGAUAGUCAACAACCCUGGCAUCCACUCCUUGGUGGCUGCUCUCAACAUAGACCCCAGCUGGAUGGGCAGUACUCGUCCUAACCCUGCUCACUUCAUCAUGACUGACGACGUGGAUGACAUGGAUGAGGAGAUUGUGUCACCCUUGUCCAUGCAGUCCCCCAGCCUGCAGAGCAGUGUUCGGCAGCGCCUGACGGAGCCACAGCUUGGCCUGGGAUCUCAGAGGUUGGUAGAGGGCGAGGCUGGCCACUUCUUGACAAGCCGGGUAUCUCUGCGGCGAAUGCGUAGCCUUUCAUCUGGACAGUCUUUCAGUUCUGAAGGCCACGGGAGCAGCCCUCCAUCUGCCUCUGCUUCUUCCUGUUCCUCUUCUACCACCACCACCACCACCGCCACCACCACCAUCAACACCGUCCAUGUUCACCCUGUUUACUAUCACCACAGCACUUCCUAUUUCCUCCAGAUGGAUCCCUACCCUGACCCAACCCCUUCUGACAACAUCGCUGUGAUGUCUGGGCAUUCAGAGAGCUUGGGGGAUUUGACCCAUUCCGAUUCGGAGUCCUCCCUCCACAUGAGUGACCGCCAGCGUGUGGCUCCCAAGCCUCCUCAGAUGGGCCGUGCUGCAGAUGAGGCUCUCAAUGCCAUGCCUUCCAAUGGCAGCCAUCGGCUGAUUGAGGGGGUCCACCCAGGAUCUCUGGUGGAGAAACUGCCCGAUAGCCCUGCUCUGUCCAAGAAGGCAUUACUGGCACUGAACCAUGGUCUAGACAAGGCCCACAGCCUGGUGGAGCUGAACCCUUCAGGCCCACCUGGUGGCUCUCCACUUUUGGAUUCUUCCCAUUCUCAUAGCGCCAGUUCCCCAGACCCAGACACACCAUCACCAGUUGGAGACAGCCGAGCCCUGCAGGGUAGCCGAAACACACGAAUUCCCCACUUGGCUGGCAAGAAGGCUGUGGCUGAGGAAGAUAAUGGUUCUGUUGGUGAGGAGACAGACUCUAGCCCAGGCAGGAAGAAGUUUCCACUCAAAAUUUUUAAGAAGCCUCUUAAGAAGUAGGGGGUGGGGUAGCAGUGUUGAGACAGCCUGUCCUUCCCUGGGUUUUCUGCCUUUUCCCCCUUCCUUUCUUUGAGAAAUCCGGCCCCUAGAGUGGGCAUGGAGGGGCUGGCCUAGGGUGCCUGGGCAAUGUACAUACCUGCCCCACUCAUCAUUAUUUAUUAACUGACCACUGUGGCCGGCCUGCCCUGAAACCCUUCCAACCAUGGCUGCUGCUGUCACACCCUGUCCACUCCAGUGCAUGUCCUAGUGCUGUCCCCUCAGUUCCCAGCUCCACUUGUCUCUGCUGUCCCAAUUUUGAGGUUUGGUUUUUGUUUCUGUCCCCUGCUUUCAGGCUCCUCUGCCCCAUUAUUCCCCAACUUUCCUACCAGUUGUGGAAAGAUAGGAGGGGUAACUUCUGACACCUGUACCUCAAAUCUCUUCAUCCUAUUCAUAAUCAUUUUGCUUACCCCAGACUGGGCCAAGGUCCUAAUCUCUGAGGUUUGUUCUAUGGAUGUGUGAUGGGCUGGAGGAAACCUCAUCCUGGAGCUCAUUUGGAUCUCCAGGGCUCCAUUCAGGGAGUGAGCCAGCUCCCAGGGAACAAGUCACCAGAGUUUUGAGAAAAGGCCUUGUAUUGAUGGGGAGAGACUUCUCUUAGUUGGAGGAUGAGUAGAUGCCAAAGCUGUGGGCUGUAAGGCACUUGCCAUUUCUCUCUGGCCCUGCCCACUUCUGCCUUCCUCUUACCUCUGCUCCCCUAUAUUGCAGGAGUGUGUCUCUUAAGAGGUGCUGCCCUGAAACUCCUCAAGCAUCAGUACUACUGGGGCUCAGGUCAGCUGGCUCCCCUGGCUAUGGGAGCCAUAGUCAUGACACAGGGCUCUUGUGGAGCCCUGGGCAAGGAUGUUGUAUUUGAACCAAAAGACAGUUUUAAAGUAAAUAAAAUAAAUUAAAUCUCCUGAAUUUCCCAAGUGCCUGCACAGCAUCCUCCCUUGUCAGACUCCAUUUUCAUGUUACUGCAUAGCCCGGGCCAGAGGCUCAAAAUGGACACAACUAUUUUGGGGAAGGGGUGGUGGAGGAAGAUGGUACAUGUAUAUGAAGGCUGCUGUGUGACCACUUCUCCCCUCACACCUCCCAUCUUCCAGACAACUCUCCUUUACUUGUUUUUGCUAUGGCUGUAAAGGUAUUUUUUCCUUCUGCCCCCUUCUGUUAUGCCUUUACCCUAAGAUCCUAAUUUGGGCCUGGGUUGGGUGCAGCUGGGGCUGGUCUUAGGUGGGUGCUAGGCUAUAGACUGCCUUGUAGCCCCCUGGACACCCUCACAUGGACUUUUCUGUGUUAUUUCAUAAGAUUCUUUGAAGUCCAAUAAAGCAUGUAGGAGAUUUUAA